GCCACUUAUCACCGCCGCCACUCACUUCCCGCGUUGAGGUGACGUGGGCGGCAAGGAGGCCGGGCUCGAGCGACAGCGGCGCAAGAUGGCGGCCACCACGGGCUCGGGAGUAAAGGUUCCUCGCAAUUUUCGACUGUUGGAAGAACUUGAAGAAGGUCAGAAAGGAGUAGGAGAUGGGACAGUUAGUUGGGGUCUUGAAGAUGAUGAAGAUAUGACACUUACAAGAUGGACAGGCAUGAUUAUUGGGCCUCCAAGAACAAUUUAUGAAAACAGAAUAUACAGCCUUAAAAUAGAAUGUGGGCCUAAAUAUCCAGAAGCACCUCCAUUUGUAAGAUUUGUAACAAAAAUUAAUAUGAAUGGAGUAAAUAGUUCUAAUGGAGUGGUGGAUCCAAGAGCCAUAUCAGUCCUAGCAAAAUGGCAGAAUUCUUAUAGUAUCAAAGUUGUUCUGCAAGAGCUCCGGCGUCUAAUGAUGUCUAAAGAAAAUAUGAAACUCCCUCAACCACCUGAAGGACAAUGUUACAGUAAUUAAUGAAAAACAGAAAAAUCAUGCCCCUUCAUUCAAUUUAAGCGCUCUUCAUUUUUCACAGUAGUAAAUUUUCUAGAUGCAUCUUGUAGACCUCCAAGUACUGGAAAGGAAGUUCCCAUGCAAAGGAAAGUCUAUCUUGAGAUACUGUACAUGAUACUAAUUUUUUCCAUUUGAAAUUAAGUUGUGCUAUAACAAAUAAUGCUGUCAUGUGUAACCACUGUCCACAUAGUUGAACUUCUGGUAUCAAGAAAAGUCUAUUUAAAUUUAUUACUGUCAAGACCAGUGUGGCACAUUGAACUCAACUGUGAAAAGCAUAAAAAACAUACAUCACACAAUCACAUUGCUGUGUGUUUGGCCUGGGUUUAUAUCUUCCCCCCGUCUCUCCUCCCAUUUUCCCUUCUCUCUCCCCCCCUCCUCCCCCCCUCUUUCUCUCUCAUGUGUGUGUGUGUGUUGUGUGUGUGUUUGCAAUAGAGUUUGAUGCUCAGGGCUAUUUAUUAGAGUAGACAUGAAGGGCAUAAUCCAUGGGGAAGUUCUCUUGUACAAGCCCCCUCCCCCAAAAAAGAACUGGGACUGCAAGAGUAUUGUCAUGCUUUUGCCUAGCUCUCAUUAAUUCCAGUAGGGCAUGCUCAGGAUAAUGUCCCAAAAGGAUUGUGCCCAAAGGUUUCAAUUCCCAGUCCUAGGCUGGGCUGUAUGGACUACUAAUGGGAUGUGUUGGUAUCCUCAGUCAUCCCUCCCUUUGUGCAGGCUCUAGUAAAAUGCUGAAUGUGUCUGGGGUUGGUUUUUAUUUUCUGAUUUUUUAAAGAAUGCUAAUAGUAAUUUGGGGCAAAUUCUUUCUCCUGAUAAGCAUUGGCUAAGGCAUAGAUUGUAUUCUGCACCAUCCCUUCCCCAAUAUGUGGGCCUUGGGACAAUAGAACUGGGGGUCUUUCAGUCUUUCCUCUCUUCCUUUGGUCAUAGUUGGGGUGCUGCUUUCCUUUUGCCCCUUCUAUGAUGCUUUCCUUUACACCUGGCCAAAAGAGGUAAGUGACUGGCAAACCGCCUGAUUUUUUAUUAUUAUUGUUAUUGUUAUUAUUAUUAUUUUUGCUUCAUGCUUGUCAACCUUUUUUGUUUGCAGGUGGAGACUAUAACUGUAGUCUUCACCAGCUGAAAAAAUAAGACUGUCCGUUUUUGCUCGGAAGUAUCCUUUCCCUCCUGCCCUGUAGCGCUGCUUCCACACCGCCAAGCUGGCCAUGGCUGAUGUUAUUAGAUAGGCUUUUGAUAUGGUGAAAAGAGCAGUAAUUUACCAGGAAUGCUUAAGCCAUUAAGAAUGGCCAAAUAUUGUGGAAAAAUAUCCAUGUAGAAAUUUGAAACAAAUACUCCAGCUCUUUGAGCUGAAGGUCACUACCUCCGCUCGAAUGCCAUGUUAACUACUCAUCGGUGCGUGUAACGUUUGGCCCUGUAACAGCCUGCCAAUGCUGAGACUAAUCCACUCUGUAAAGAAGAGAUUUUGUUUUGACACUUUGCAGACAGGAGGACUCCUUCCUAGAGAACAGGAUGGCAAUGCCAUGCCUAAUCAUUUAGGGGCCAUGAUUGGCAAGGCUUCCUGGCAAAUCACUUCCUUUUCAGACUUCUUCUUUUGGACCACUGACUGCUGAAAUGUGGAUGCAAGCUUACCUGCAAACAAUCUAGUGUGUCCUCUUAAGUUUUAUGAAAUAAAAAAUUCAGUGUUUGUGUAAAAAAGAAAAGACAAAAGUCACGUUUAAAAGCAGAAGCUAUCAAGUCAAUGAAUAAUUGAUGUUUCCAUUAACUCUUUCAAGGAAAAAUACUAGUUGUAAGGAUUUAACAUCCUGUGUAAUUAAAAGAUUUAACAUAACAGUAUUCCAUAAGCAGCCUUUUUAUUGUAUCAGACCAUUGCCUGAUUUUAAUAUAAUAAAAAGUGUGCAUUAAUAUUA